AUUGAGAUUUCAUUGUUGUCUUCGUUUGUUUUCUGUUUUUAUUGAAAGAUCUAAUAAAUGUAAAUGUUAAAUAUGGCAGUGGAGUUCCAAGAAAAUAACCAGCCAUUUUUUGCCAUUCACAAAUCUAGUAUAUGUAGAAUUUGUCUAACUACAGAAGGUUUGAAAUUGUGGAAAGAUUACGAUAAUUUAAAACGGUUGUUUGAAAAUAUAACUGGUAUAGAGAUUGAAGGUGGGAUAGGGGUUGACAGAUAUGUUUGUACAAAGUGUGUUGAAUGUCUUCAAAAUAUCUGUAAGUUUAUAGAGAGAGCAACUUAUAAUGACAUUAGGAUUAAAGAAACAUUGCAUUUUUGUGAUAUUACACCUUUAGAGAAUACACAGAUAGAAAUACAUCAUGAUGACAGAAACCGAAACGAUCUUCAUCAAUCUUCUCAAAAUAAUCAUUUGAAUGGAGCUGAGGCCAAUGUAGACUUGACUGAAGAUAGUAUUGAAGAAAUAAUAGAGAUUAAAUGUGAAAAUGAUGAUGAUAACAAUGAAGCAAGAUCAUCUGAUGUUGAUGAUUGCUUUAUAGAGGAGAAUUGUACAUUUACUGAUACUGAGUCUAAACAGGAAUCUCCAUCUGUACCGAUUUAUAUGGACACAAAUCAGGUUUCCCAACCCAAUGCACAACCCAGUGAAGGGGACACUAAGAAAACCGGGAUUACCAACAUAUAUACCGAUAUAAUGACCUUAAAGCGUAAAAAAACCAAGUCAAUUAAGCACCGUGUACCAGACUACCUACGACCGUUCGAAUGUCCGUAUUGUUCGCGUAGGUUCACCCAAAAAGGAAACAUGCACACUCACAUGAGACUCCACACCGGCGAAAUGCCGUUCCAAUGCACUUUUUGCCCGGAUAGAUUCCGCCAACUCAGCAAUCUAAACCAACACAUCCUUACUCACACUUCCAAUGACAAGGCAUGCACUAUAUGUCUGAGGAAAUUCGAUACAGACGAAGAACUGAUGCAGCACAGAUCUAUGCAUGCGAUGGAAAACAAACAGUAUGUGUGUUACGUGUGCUCGAAGAGGUUUAGCUACCAGUGGAGCUUGAGCAGUCACUUGGAGAUACAUAAAAAGAAUAUUAUAAAAAAUGAGUGUGAUUUGGAAGGCACGCUGGAAGUGUUGAUAGAAUGAAAGCUUUCUUGGAAGUACUUGUGUUAUUAAAGUCUUAAGAAGCAGGUGAACGAGUUUCACAGACUGUUUAUACCAGUAAAAGUUUUUUGUACCGUUCAAAUAAACUAGCAAUAUACGAUUUUUCCUAAGUGGUAGUCAAACAUUCCUCGCUCUUGCCAUUUGGCAAGAUCAAGUGUUACAUUUAAAUGGUAGAUCUACUUUAUAGAUCUACCAUUGGGUAGUCUAUUGUUUCAAAUGUUUAAAACAUUUCAAAGUAAUUAUGUAGUAGCAAGGCUUUGAAAAGCAAAAUCUACAUUCUCUAGUGUAUAUAAUACUCAAAACUGCACCUUAUUAUCAGUAACGUCACUGCUGGAUAACUGCUAAAAAUUUCUUAUACUUAGACAUAUCACUUCAUUGUGUGGUUAUUUUGUUACUGUUAGAAUUUGUUUAUUUUCAUACUUGAUUAUCAGUAGUAAUAUCCCUAGGACAUUGAUAACAGACGAGAAAACGACAACGCUGUGCGUAAAUGUCGACUUCAAAUGCUAUUAGACCAGAGGGAUCUGUUUUGAGGUGGAUGUAAGAGUUUUUUACAUAACCUAAAAAUUCUUUGAAAAAUUCAAAUUUUUUUCUGUGCUCAAUUUUGGUUCAAAAAAUCAGAGUGUUUUUGGGUAUGAACGUUUAAAUGAUAAUUAUUACUCGAAAAAAGGAGGAAGGGUAACAAAAAUCGUUAUUUGUCACAUUUAAAUGAGGUUAUGUGCUUAAAACAUGGGAAAAAAUAUAAAAAAAUGGUAGUUUUCAAAUCUUGACGAUUUCCUGGAGAGCGAAAUUAAAAAAAAUUAUUCAAAGGAACGAAAAAAAAAAAAUACACGGAAAAUAAUUAUGUAGAAGUUUGCCAAAAAUUACCUACGUAACCUAAAAUUUUUUUUUUUUUAAUUCAAAUAUUUUUCCUGGGCUCAAUUUUGAUUUAAAAAAUCUGAAAAAAAUCGGAAGUUUUUUAGACAUUAAUAUGUAUAUUGGUAUUUUUUAGAUUUUUUAAAGCAAAGGAUCAUUCAGGAAUUUUUUUUUGUUUUUAAACACAUAGGAGCCACCUAGAAAGCUGCAAAUUUGGCCGAAGGUGUUUCUAAAUAUGUACAGUUGCGGUCACGGAAUAGUUUACAGGUUCACGUAUCUAGGAGCCCAUUUUUUAAAUUUUUACUUCGUUUAAACGCACCUUUUACGUCAAAGUGACGUUGCCAGUGGUGUACUAGCUAGAAUAGGUAGAUUAAAAUUAAAAUAUCAAAAUAUUUUACAAAAUGAAAAAUAUAGAAAACAGUUUUUUGAAUAAAAUGGAUUAUGAUCUUAAUAACGAAAAUAAAGAAGUCUUUUUUUUU